AUCUGUCAAUUCUUGAAACACUGGUUAUGUUGCACUGUUUGUGUUUAUGUAUUUCCUUGCAAAAUCCAAAUAUAUUUGAUAUUCUCAACAAAACCCUUGUGCAAGCUAAAUUCUAACUCAAUUAUAAUUAAAAUAAAGCAUUGAGGAAAUGAAGAAGCGAACGGCAAUGUCCAAUCACCAAUAACCAUCGUAAAGUUUUACAUUCUAUAAUUCAAUACCAAAGGUUGCAUGUGAAAUCACGGGACACUGAAUCGUGGAGCAAGCAACAUGAAUUCAACCAGCUUGUAUGUAACAACAAAUCAAAUCAUCCUCAAGUCUCAACCUGAGAAUCCAUCAAGUUGGCAAGACCUUUACAGACUACUGCCAUAUCUGCGCAAUUCAUUAUGCUGCGUUGUAUGCGGCGGGCUGCUUGUAGAACCUGCAUCUCCUGCAGGUGGAAAAUGCCAACAUCACCUGUGUCAGCACUGCACUGGUGGCAAGAGAAAGAUCAAACCAGCUUGCAUCUGGUGCAAAGACUGUGAUACAUACAAUGAAAACAAACAACUCCGGACGCUGUUGCAAUGCUACAAGAAAAUGUGUGUCUACCUGUCCAACUCCGGCAUUUAUACAGCGCUGCUCACAGAGGCGGCAAACGGUGGUAUGGAACGCGCUGCCGCCAAUCUUAUCGGUUUAAUCAAAGAAGGCGCAACUUUCUGCGACGCAUACGAAAGUAAUAUUGGACUGAGCAAAGAAACCUACAGCAUCCUACCAUGCGUGUUCACAAACUCAGCGACGCAAACUUCAGCGGAGAAGAGCAUCGUUACAAACAGCUCGAAAAAUUCAAAUGGUACACCGAUGUAUUCUGUGAUGUUUGCCGGCAGUGGUAAUAAAAUUACAAUAAAACGCAAACAGAAACCGGAAGAACGCGUUGUAGUAAAGAAAGAAGAGAAGUCAGUGUUUAAAAAACCGACGAAAUGCGUGACGAAAACGAGAAGAGGCUGUCGCUGUGGUAAUGCAACUGCAACACCAGGAAAACUCACCUGUUGUGGGCAACGAUGUCCUUGUUAUGUCGAUAGUAAAGCCUGCGUGGAUUGUAAAUGCCGUGGAUGUCGAAAUCCUCAUACCUUGGAUGGAAACAAAGUUUUAAACUUACCACAUCAUAUUAUCCAACAAUAUCAAGAAAAUAAUCAAAAUCAACAACUAUACCUAGAACCACAUCAGCCACAAAUGCAAGAAGUGGAGGAACAAGUCUCAGAUAUGCAACAAUUGCAUGUGCAACAACUCGAGCAGCCUGUGACCAGCAGUAUGCCCAGUACACCAAUGUUGCAACAUGUUAAAAUAGAACUAGAUGCAAAUCUUACCUUCGAACAACUUAACGAACAUUUAAGUCUCAAAGUGUUUGAACCAUUCUCAGAAGUCCCACCGACACUACCUCACACGUUUCUCAUGCACACGAAGCGCGAAGACCUGGAGGAUGAAGAAAUCACCGUCGACGUCUGACCUCGGCGAUAAUCACCAAGUGUUUGCUCACGCCGAGCAAAACCCAAGCCAAAGAUACAUCAUAAACAUUUCGUAGUGCAGUAUUAUCACUAACAUGACAUUAUUCACUUCAUAUUCCAUGUCUAACCAUCCCGGGGGUAGUUUUGAGUCAAUAAGUUAAUAAUUACUCGUUAGUUACUUUUGUAAAUAUUUAAGUUUCAUCCUACGUUACUUUCUAAGUUGAAUAUACCAACCAAACACGCAACGGUAACGUUUUUAUUUGUAAGUUUAAAUUAAUUUGCUAGGUAAAUUUUGCUAGAUGUGAUUCCAGUCUGAGUUUAAAAGUACAUUAAAGGCCUCGCAGUAGCACACGGCAACUCUAUAAAUAUCACAAAAAUGUACAAAAUAUAGGAAUGAACAAUCACAUUGAAUUUCAUCACACUUGUUUGUUUGGUUCGAAGCUAGCACACACACGACGAAUGCGAUUAAUUUUGCUGUUGUGUAAACUUCAAGAAAACCUACAAUUUAUAAACGUUUUUAUAUAAGAA